ACCUUACAAGUUGAAGAAAAUGAACUCGAAGCAGUUACCAGCAUUUUUCUACAAAGUCUAAUUGUAUUUAUUGCGUUUGUCUGCAAGAAGCUGUUCCAAGAACUGAGACUGGCAGUAACAGGAAACUACUAGCUAACGAUUGACUAGUUUUACUUACUGAAGCAGCGCCUGCUGUGCCUCGGCCCCCUCUUCUGGCAAUCAUUUAUCAGACUGCGGGAGGGAGCGUUCUGUCGCGCGUUUUCCCGGGCCUGGCCGAGGAAUGCAAGGAGGUGUCAGUGACCAGAGAUUAGGACGGUGGAAUUUUGCAUUUGCUACAGCAGCAGCUGUGGCGAGCGGUUUCGGCCCCAGGGCAGAGUCCCCAGCAGGGCGCGGCCGCCGGGCGGCAGUCCCUGGGGCAGACACCCGGGCGAGGCGUUCCGAGAUGGGGGCGGGAUUCUAGAAAGAAGCCGGGGACUUGGCGGGCGGGUGCCGGGGCUUUUCCUCGAGCCUCCGCAGCUGCGGAUCUCCGUGCCCGGGCGCGCGCCCGCCCCUGGGCUCAGUCCUGCUUCCUCCAGUGCUGCUCGCCAAAGGACCCGGUUGCCAUGGUGAAGGAGAAAGUGGCCCAUCCCCAAGACCCUCACCACCCUUCGGAGAAGCCUGUCAUUCACUGCCAUAAAUGCGGGGAGCCGUGCAAGGGUGAAGUGCUUCGGGUUCAGACCAAACAUUUCCACAUCAAAUGUUUCACCUGCAAAGUGUGCGGCUGUGACCUGGCACAAGGGGGCUUCUUCAUAAAGAAUGGGGAAUAUCUCUGCACGCUGGACUACCAGAGGAUGUAUGGCACACGCUGCCAUGGCUGUGGGGAGUUCGUGGAAGGAGAGGUGGUGACCGCCCUGGGCAAGACCUACCAUCCCAACUGCUUUGCUUGUACUAUUUGCAAGCGCCCGUUUCCACCCGGAGACCGAGUCACGUUCAAUGGGAGAGACUGCCUGUGUCAACUCUGUGCACAGCCCAUGUCAUCCAGCCCUAAAGACACGCCCUGCUCCAGCAAUUGCGCAGGCUGCGGGAGAGACAUCAAGAACGGGCAGGCGCUGCUGGCGCUGGAAAAGCAGUGGCACUUGGGGUGCUUCAAAUGCAAGUCCUGCGGGAAGGUCCUCACCGGGGAGUACAUCAGCAAGGAUGGUGCCCCGUACUGCGAAAAGGACUACCAGGGGCUCUUUGGGGUGAAAUGUGAAGCCUGCCACCAGUUUAUCACAGGGAAGGUCCUGGAGGCAGGUGACAAACAUUACCACCCCAGCUGUGCACGAUGCAGCAGAUGCAACCAGAUGUUCACAGAAGGAGAGGAAAUGUAUCUUCAAGGUUCAACCGUUUGGCAUCCCGACUGUAAGCAAUCUACCAAGACUGAGGAGAAGCUGCGGCCACCAAACAUUCGUCAUUCUUCAUCUGAUUUCUUUUAUCCCAAAAGUCUGAUUCGACGCACAGGACGGUCUCCAUUUCUCCAGCCUACCAGGACUUCCUCCGAAAGCAUUUAUUCUAGACCAGGCUCCAGUAUCCCUGGCUCUCCGGGUCACACUAUCUAUGCAAAAGUGGACAAUGAAAUCCUGGAUUACAAGGAUUUAGCGGCCAUUCCCAAGGUCAAGGCAAUUUAUGAUAUUGAACGUCCAGACCUUAUUACCUAUGAGCCUUUCUACACUUCGGCCUAUGAUGACAAACAGGAGAGGCAGAGCCUGGGAGAGUCCCCAAGGACUUUGUCUCCUACUCCAUCGGCAGAAGGGUACCAGGAUGUUCGGGAUCGGAUGAUCCACCGGUCCACUAGCCAGGGCUCCAUCAACUCCCCCGUGUACAGCCGCCACAGCUACACUCCGACCACGUCUCGCUCUCCCCAGCAUUUUCACAGACCUGAGCUGCUGUCUCCUGGUGUGCACAGGUUGUCCUCCCUGCGCACCAGCAGCCUCAGCUCCGCCCACAGCGACUCCCGCCCCAACUCCCCCUUCCGACACCACUUCAUUCCCCAUAUCAAAGCCUCAUUCUAUAUCGGCAAUGAGCCGUCCAGCGGCCGGAACUCCCCUCUCCCUUACCGGCCAGACAGCCGCCCUCUAACUCCAACUUACGCUCAGGCCCCUAAACAUUUCCAUGUUCCAGAUCAAGGGAUCAACAUCUACCGAAAACCACCCAUCUACAAACAGCAUGAUGCAGCUGCCCUGGCAGCCCAGAGCAAGUCUUCAGAAGAUAUCAUCAAGUUUUCCAAGUUCCCAGCAGCCCAGGCUCCAGACCCCAACGAGAUACCAAAGAUUGAGACGGACCACUGGCCUGGUCCCCCCUCACUUGCCGCCGUAGGAGCCGACAUGAGACGCAGAUCUAGUGGCAGAGAGGAAGAUGAGGAGGAGCUUCUGAGACGCCGGCAGCUGCAAGAAGAGCAAUUGAUGAAGCUCAACUCGGGCCUGGGGCAGUUGAUAUUAAAAGAAGAGAUGGAGAAGGAGGGCCGGGAGAGGUCGUCCCUGUCAGCCGGUCGCUAUGACUCUCCCAUUAACUCAGCUUCACAUGCUCUGUCAUCUAAAACCUCCUCUCUCCCAGGCUAUGGAAGAAAUGGGCUUCACCGGCCUGUUUCUACAGACUUCGCUCAGUACAGCAGCUAUGGAGACGUCAGUGGAGGGGUGCGAGACUACCAGACGCUCCUGGAUGGCCACAUGUCUGGAACAAGAAUGGACCGGGGAGUAUCCAUGCCCAACAUGUUGGAACCAAAGAUAUUUCCAUAUGAAAUGCUGAUGGUGACCAACAGAGGGCGCAACAAAAUCCUGCGUGAUGUGGACAGAACCAGGCUGGAGCGCCACUUAGCUCCGGAAGUGUUUCGGGAUAUCUUUGGAAUGUCCAUACAGGAGUUUGACAAGUUACCUCUUUGGAGACGCAAUGACAUGAAGAAAAAAGCAAGACUUUUCUAGGUCCCAUGUGUAGACGGCAAAUAGAAAAAGGGCUGACGAUGGCAGUGACACAUAGGAUGCUGUAUUAAGGCUCAGCUCAAGUGGAGAAUUUGCAAGCUACUGUCCCUCAGCAACAAGCAAAAGGGAAAAUCUGAUUAAAACACCCAAGAGCCAGAUAUUGGGCUAGCCAAUGGCAACACUUGCCAAGAAGCAAAGGGGUAGAAAUUUCUAUGUUCCCACACUCGACAGCAGUGUUCACAUGUGACCUUUUCACGUGACCUUAUGUACCCAACAGGAGCUACUUCUCUUGUUUUCCUUUAACUGUUGUCCAACAAUAGUGCUGACUGUAUGGAUAAGAGCCAGCAAGUGCCCUUAGGAUGCCACAUGGAAAAAAGCAGUUGUAAUCAAUUCCAAAGUAUGAAUCUAUUUAUGCUGUAGCACUGUGGCUGAGAAGGAAGAGCCUGAGGGACACAUCCACGUGGUUGGUGGCAGCCCCUUUGCACGCUCCUUUCCUCACUGCCUGAUGCAGCCCUGCCUGGGCUCCAGCAGGGUGGAAGUCAAGAGUUGGGGAACCCGGCCACUCUGGUAGAGUGCACUGAACAGCAGCCAAAGUAAUUUAAGGCAAAGAGAGGAAAAGGGGAUGAAAGGAAAACAUCCCUUAACUCAUUUUCUGCUGCAGAGAGUGGGCUUCAUCCUUCCUCCCCAGCAAGGACAGGCACUGUCUCGGGCCCCACCACUGCAAAGACGGGGGAGGGAAAAACUGUCUCCUGACCAGCCCAGUUGCUCCCUGUUAGAUGGUUCUCGCCCAGGGGCCGUAGCUCUCUUGGCCAAAAAAAGACAAAGUUCUGAGUCCUACCAAUGCCAGUUCAUCCACCCUGCAUCCCCUGCUUGUUCCCCAGCAUCCUCUGAAUCCGAGCAAGCCCAUGCUGAUUUGGGUUUUUUUUUUUAAGGUCUUUUUUAGUAGUAGGCUAAGGAAAGGCAUGUUUUUGUCUUUUAAAUCUCUGCAACACCAAGGUAGAUUGCUUCAGAGUGAUUUAAAAGGAAGAUGAGCCUUUUCAGCUUGCUUCUUGGCCUAGCUCUGUUGACUUCAUGGGUAUGUGUGUGUGUGUGUGAGAGAGAGAGUGUGCGUAUUUUAACUCAUCCAGUGUAGUUUUGAGAAUCUGCAUGUGCUCUUAAAUUUCAUUUCUGCUUGAAUAUUUGUCACGCUGUGCUGCAGCUUGUAAGGAGCAUUUGCACAGGUGUGCAUGACUCAAAGGUCUUGAGUGAGGCUAAAGCACAUCUUCAGCCUGGCGUCCUUCACGGAAGGUGUUGGUAUCAGAAGCCAGCAAACCCCAUGACCAGUGCAGCUCAAGGCAACAUCACACUGAAGACCACAGACCUAGUCGGCUGUAUGUGGACACCAGAGCAUCUCAGCAGAGUCCUCAACCCCAGCAACACGAGUUUCAAACUAGAGUCUAGGAUUUCACCAAAGCUUGCACGUCAGACCACGCCAUGAUCCCUGAGAGCUCUGGUCAGGCCUCAAACAGGAUGUGAGUCAGAUGAGGGGGAGUAUCUCCUUCUCCACACAGAGGAGGAUGUCACAUUUAUUCUCAUGCUUUGGGUUCUGCUUAGGAAUUUAAACCCCGUUUCAAAGGCAAAGGAGAAAAUGUUUUAAUUCACCUGCAUAGGCCACUAGUAAGAAAAGCGCAGAAAUUCUUCCUGCUGGUACCAAGUAUUAGAAGUAGUAGAGCUGACACCAAUGGUGAAAAGCAAAUAGAAUUCUGACUCUGUGCUGCAGACCUCUCACUCACGACACUCCGUCAACUGGGUCUGCAGCGUGCACCGUGAUUGUCUCCUGUAAUCCUCCUGUGCUCUUUCCCAGGAAUCUAAAUUUGCCUGUCCUUCCAGUGCUAGGCAUAGAGUGUUUGAGGCCUGUUCUCACAAGAGAGAGAGAGAGAGUGUGUGUGUGUGUGUGUUGGACACACUGACACAUUUUGCAGCUGAUUCUGACGGGGGCAGACCUGAGGAGACCAGCCCCUCCUUCGAUGGAAGUCAGGCUGCAUACCAGUGGCCCCCUGCUUCAUUCGCAGUUUCCACUGCCCCAUCUUGUCUCUGGCCUCUCCUGCCUUGGUGGCCUCCACACCAUGCCUACAUGUAGUCCUUGCUCUGCUCUGGCGAGGUGUGAGGGGUGGGGACCAUGGUGUACCUCCAGGUUUUCCCUGCUGCAGUCAAUGCCAAGGACCGCCUGAUGGGUCCCCACGCUAGCUGGGACAGGUUUUUUUGUUAUGGGGAUAAUAAAGGUUUUCAUCAGUUAAUGAGUUAUGACCUGUGCACAUGCAGAUCAAAUGUCAAUGUAAUAAAAGCUGCAGUGAUAGUUAAAGAACUAAGCCCAAAAUCUAUGCCCACUAAUGAAAGGUCUACCUUUUUUUGUAUCUUUUUAAUUCAGUUCUGCCUUCAAUUUAGAAGGGGUGAAAGUUGCUUUCCAUAUCAGGUGUAUUAGCUAGUUUAUGCCAAGAAAAGGUCAGUAGCCUCCUAUCUGCAAGCAGAGCGCUCUGUGCUCUGGGGAGGGGGCACUGGAAGCCAUAACACGGGGUGGGCUGCCCAGCAGAAGGCUCCAGCUGGAGGGAUAGGUUGUGGAGCAACCUCUCCCUACCACCCAGUCUAAUGUAUGGGCCAUUUUGUUGAACUGGGCUCAGCAUGCUUGUCCUCAAAAUAUCCAGACCAUUGCAUAGGAGAUCAGGGUUCUCUGCUUGCACCCCGCCUGCACUACACAUAAAAAUUGCAGUUGUUAAUGCCGUCAAAUUAAUGGGGAUUGUUCACUCCGGGAAAGGAGUUAAUAUAUGGCAAGCUUCCCUGGUACACACACAAAGGGCUUCACUACUUUUGAGCCUUGAGCUUGCUUGUGAUUCUUUAAUCACACACUGAUUGCAUGAAAUCAAUAUGAAAGAGUGCUUCCAUUAAAGUUCCUUCCAGAGAAGCCAGGAUACCAUUUAGUCUUCCUCUGUGAUUUAGGAUGAGCCGUAAAGAGCAUUUGGAAACUUCUACAGCUCACUAUGCAUCUGCAUGUUGGUGUGGGUCAGUUAGGAAAUGUUCUCAAAGUGACUUCUUCAACAACUAAAGAUAAACUGCCUAUUCUCUGAAACCUCAAACGGAAAAGCCAGAGUUAGCUUUUCUCUCAGUCUGGUUAUGUCAAUCAACUCUGCUCGGAGAAGUCUUGCUGGAAUGUUUAUAAAACUUAGACCUAAUUUCUUUACACUUUAAAGCAGACACCUUUUUCUAAAGAAUUGCUUCUCAGAUGAUUAUGUAAAAUAUAUACGCUUUUGCAGGUUUAAAAAAUUGAAACUAACCACUUUUGACUAGGUAAGUCUUUCUAGAAACUCUUUAAAGCAAACCUGGUGUUGGCAUUCUGCGUGUCAAAGGGGCGGGCAGCCCCUGCAGGCUGUGUGAGCCCUCUUUCUGUCAUGAAAAAUAGUGGAGGGAAAAUAAACUGUCUUCCACCCUUCUGCAUCCUCUGAAGCAAGCUCAGUUUUUACAAAUCACUUUUGUAUUUCUGGUCAUUGCUUAAUCUACUUCCUAAACCAGCCUUGAUUUUAUUUCAUUUUUAGAACUCUCUUCUUUUGACAAACCAAGUGUUUGUCACUAUGCCCUAAGAUUCACUCAUUAGCACUCCUUUCUGAAGAAUGUUCUACUCAGAAAAAGAGAUUACUUCAGGUUUGAGAUUUGCAGGGACACCACCUUAUGGUGAAGAUGGACAUUAAGGGAACUACCUAACUCAUAAUGAAAGAAAGAGAAACUUUCACUUUAUCAUUUUUAAAAAAAAUCACUGUCUUCCCAUGUGCUGCCCAGGAAGCAGUGGGGGAGAUGAUGACUGGCAUGGCUUCGCAUAUGGAUUUUUGUGUUUUAUUUGGAAAAGGAUAAUUUAUGGCAAACUCAGAAAGGGAGGAGGUCAGUUUACACUGAAAGAAAGAAACUUUCUAAACAACAUACGUGUACACAGCAAAAUUAAACAAAUCCAACAUUUCCGAAGCUUAGUGUAAUUGAGUGGCAGUUGUGAUUAAAUAAAAUUCUUCCCCAGAGCGUCUGUCUCUCCCAAGAAUGAAGAUCCCAUGGGUCACUUUCUGAGCCCAUUCACCGAAGGUUGAUGAAGACGACGUGUAUACACCGUCAUUCAGAAAGGUGGUAACCACUUAACGAUUGUACAUGCAUCUCUCUCUUCAGUCUGGAGGAGAAAAUGACUGUCCAUAAAAUUGACAUUCUUCUGGGGUUUUAUGUACAGGCCUGUUGGGUAAUAAAUGUGUGUGGUUUCUGUGAGUUGCUGACAGUCCUACAUUGAAAUUCUUGCCUUUUCAUUUUAAGUUGGGUUUCAUGGAAUUUUUUUUAAGUGUCAGAAGGCAUACAGUCUUCCUGCCUUCUCAUCCCUUCCAGAAAUAUGAAAGCAAAUGUUUGGAAGAACUGCUGUUUCAAAGAUGUGUCGUGUCCCUUGUGAAAGUGAGUGGGUGUCGGUCUGCGCCCAAGUCCCGCGUGCUGGUGUGCAGAGCGGAGGCGCCCGGCUGGUCCCCGUUGCUGUGCGUGCCUCCCAACCUGCUCCGCGCUCCUGUUGAUAGCAGACUUGCCACUCCCCUGCAGCUGUAAUCCGCGUCCUGUUGUACUCACAACUCAGUGAAUAAAGUCUGUGCUUUAUUCCUAAA